AUGAUGUCCAAACGUGAUUCGGUCAAGGGAUUUAUCGUGACCAUACUAUGCUGGUGUGCCUCGGCCGCAAUAUUAAUUAGUAUCAUCGGUGUUACAGCCCAGCAAGACAUAACGGUGGACCCUCAGCAGACACUGCAGUAUACACAGAAUUUCUUCUAUGGGACAUUCGCUGCGAGCCUCUACACACUGGUUGCUGUGCUGUUGGCAACCUACACACGUAAUAUGCACUCUGUCCAUCUGACGCAUGAGGAAAGACAGAGGGUAGAAUGCACAAGCAUCAUCCUGCGCGUGACCGCUUUCAGUGCCUUUCUUCUUGGGGGCGCUGCUGUCUACGCGACCAUUGAAGGUUGGAGUUUUAUGGAUGCAGUAUAUUGGGCUGACACCACUCUUCUGACUAUCGGCAUCGGAAACAUUGCCCCGAAGACUCACCUUGGACGAAGCUUGUUAUUUCUGUAUGCCACUGCGGGAAUCAUGACUAUAGGUCUGGUCAUCAGCUCGAUCACAUCAUUCACCGACAAUAUGCGAGACCUAAGCAUCAGAAUCAAGAUCGAGGAAGUGCACAGCGGUCUGCAAGGGCGUCAUAUCAUCGGUGGAUCUCCUGGCAGCAGCCACAAUGAUAAAGAGAAGCAAUCCCUUCAAUUGCCAGCCGAUCCUUGGUACCCACACAAGGCCGACCUGCUGAAAGCGCAACGUAUCAAGCGUGACUUCUAUAGAAGACACCGAUGGAUGACUCUGAUCUUCUCCGGGGCAGCAUGGUUUUUUCUCUGGCUAGUCAGUGCUGCGAUUUUCGGUCGCUCCGAGAGAAGCCAGCAUUGGAGCUAUUUUCAAUCGCUGUACUUCACAUACACAUCCCUGACAACCAUCGGCUACGGAGAUUUAUACCCCACGAGCAACUUUGGCAAGGCGUUUUUUGUGUUCUGGUCCCUUCUUGCUGUUCCUGUGCUGACAAACCUUGUUGGUGCCAUGGGCCAGCUGGGAUUUGAGAAGUUAACUUAUUUGUUGCGCUAUAUCUGGAGACUCGAAGCUUCUAGACUAGGUCUGCGGCGGUGUACUCCAGGCGGAAUGAACCCUGAUGCUGACGGUGAAGGGGGGAGAAAUAGAUCUGUCGCAGGCCCAGAGCCACAAGGCCUGGUCAAUGACGGCAAUAGUCAUGGCCGAGGACUCGCAAAUGCCAGGCGACAAUCCAACAAUGUACAAGCCAGCAGUUCAAGUUAUCAAAGGAAAGAGUGUUGUGAAUCUCUUGCCCAAGCUGCUGAGCGCUCCCUUUUGCUUAGCCAAGAGAUCAGCAAGCUCGUAUCUACUCUUCAAAGUGCGUCUACUCCUCAGCCAGACCUGUCCAGUGAGUGGGAGAGGAUUCUUUCAAUGCUCCAUCCUGAAAGCGAUGAGGAGGGUGACUUGUUCGAAACCACGCCUCUUGGAUUCUUGCAUGGGCAUCCGGGAGCUGUGGCGGAAUUUCUAGACUCCAACAGAUCGGCUACGGACAGGAACAAGGAAAUCUUGUGGAUGCUCAAAUUCCUGACGGACAAGAUCUGUUCGCAUCUGCGGGACGGGUUGCAGAGGGAGCAAAGUGAAAUGUCAAACACAGAGUCUUGA